CGACAUGAAGUGAAAAACAAGCAAAUUUUGACAACGCGUAGAGAUUUUUUUUUUUUUAAUCUCUGCAACCUCCAUCAAUCGCGAUGGACCGUUCGUGUAAUCGCGUUCGCAGCAGUCACGAAAUUUAUCCGGACGACGUCAAGUUUUGGGACAAACAUAAAAUUUGGGAGAGACGUCGCGCGAAAACGUUGCUGAUCGAAGAUGAAUCAUCAUCGCCGCGGAAACCCAAACAUUUUAUUUUUCACAAUUCCCAAUCGGUGGGAAAAAUCGAAAAUAUAUCGGAGAAAAAAUCGUUUCUCCACAACGAAAUUUUCGAGAUAAUCAAAGCGACGUUACUGGCCACAUCGGUGUUGGCUCUGUGCUACUACACGUCGAUGGAAUACAAGGUGUACAGCAUUUUGGAAAACGGUCAGAUCGUUCGGGGUUUUGGAUCGAGACAAGCCGUCACGUCGUUCAGUCUUGGCUACUCCAUCCCACAUUCCAUCAUGUUCUCCGUCGCGAUUGGCAUGCUCUUCUAUUCCAUUGUUUUAAAACAGCCUCACUUCAGUCUGCCCCUGUUGGGUCUCUUUCUGACCGAGCUCGUGUGCGACUCCUGCAACGCGGUCGUAACAAUUUGGUACCUCUUCGAAUACCUCAAGCUGCAAACCGCGCUGUUCUACGCCACGGGAUUUCUCCUGCUGAUUUCGGCACAAAUAUGGAUGUGGCUCGGUGUUCUGCAUCUCUACGAGCAUCGACAAUUCAAGUUCGCGCAAUAGAUGCGAAGAACCAAACGUGU